GCCAAUGCUAAUUCUCGAUAUUGUGUAUAGGAUUAAGUUUGCUUUAAUGUUGUUUGCCUAAAUAUUGUCAUAUUAAUAAUUUCCUGAAAAUGGAAUCAAAUGUGGCAGGAUCUACAACAUCCUCAAGAGCGACAAGAUUUAUGAUGGAAGGUGUAGGAGCUCGUGUAAUACGAGGUCCUGAUUGGAAAUGGGGCAAACAGGAUGGAGGAGAAGGACACGUAGGCACGGUACGAAAUUUUGAAUCUCCGGAAGAAGUUGUAGUAGUUUGGGACAAUGGGACUGCUGCAAAUUAUCGAUGUUCAGGAGCAUAUGACUUACGUAUUUUGGACAGUGCUCCCACAGGGGUAAAACACGACGGUACCAUGUGUGAUACAUGUCGCCAACAACCUAUAUUUGGCAUUCGCUGGAAAUGUGCAGAGUGUAGUAAUUAUGAUUUAUGCUCAGUCUGUUACCAUGGCGAUAAGCACAAUUUAAGGCAUAGAUUCUACCGUAUAAGUGCACCCGGUACAGAAAGGUGCCUAGUUGAACCUAGGAGAAAAAGUAAAAAACAAGCUGUUAGAGGCAUAUUUCCUGGAGCUAGAGUUGUUAGAGGGGUUGACUGGCAAUGGGAAGAUCAGGAUGGUGGAAAUGGCAGACGAGGAAAAGUGAAUGAGGUACAAGACUGGUCUGCAGCCAGCCCUCGCUCAGCUGCUUAUGUAAUCUGGGAUAAUGGAGCUAAGAAUCUUUAUAGAGUUGGAUUUGAAGGAAUGGCAGAUUUAAAAGUAGUAAAUGAUGUAAAAGGUCAAAAUGUAUACAAAGAGCAUCUGCCUCUAUUGGGUGAGUUGGGACCUGGCAGCACUGGGCCUCAUGGCUUGCAAAUAGGAGAUCAAGUAAACAUAAAUCUGGACUUGGAGAUUGUUCAGUCCCUUCAGCUUGGCCACGGAGGUUGGAUAGACGCAAUGUUUGAAUGUCUAAGCACAACUGGCACAGUUGUGGGUAUUGAUGAGGAUCAUGACAUUGUUGUGACUUAUCCUAGUGGCCAUCGGUGGACAUUCAACCCCGCUGUCUUAACUAAGGUGUGCAGCGCAAAUAUGAGCGCCUCUACGUCCGGCGGCGGUAGUUCUAGUGGUAGCGUAUUUGCAGUGGGUGAUAUUGUACAAGUCUGUUCUGAUAAGGAACGGGUGAAAGCACUGCAACGAGGGCAUGGAGAAUGGGCCGAGACUAUGGCACCUACCCUUGGAAAAAUAGGUCGCGUACAGCAGAUUUAUCAUGACAACGACCUUAAAGUGGAAGUUUGUAAUAUGACCUGGACUUACAACCCGAAUGCAGUUACUAAACUGGUUUCAUCUGAUGGCAGCCUUCCAUAUUACUCUCCUGGCGAGCGCCUGUCCGUGCUGCUGAAGCGGCUGUUCGAGUCGCACGGCAGCGCGAACGAGGAGCUGGUGAAGGCGGCGGCGAACGGCGACGCGGCGCGCUGCGCGGACAUACUGGCGCGCGCCGACGCGCAGGCGGACGUCAACGGCGUGUACGCGGGCCACACCGCGCUGCAGGCGGCCGCGCAGAACGGGCACGUGGACGUGAUCCAGCGGCUGGUGGAGGCGGGCGCGGAGGCGGACGCGGAGGACCGCGACGGCGACCGCGCGGUGCACCACGCGGCGUUCGGCGACGAGCCGGGCGCCCUGCGCGCGCUGGCGGCCGCCGGCGCCGACCUCAACGCGCGCAACCGCCGCCGCCAGACGCCGCUGCACAUCGCCGUCAACAAGGGCCACCUGGGCGUCGUGCGCACGCUGCUGCAGCUCGCCGUGCACCCCAGCCUGCAGGAUUCCGAUGGGGAUACACCAUUGCACGAUGCAAUUUCAAAGAAACGAGAUGACAUAUUGACUUUGCUGUUGGACCACGGAGCAGAUAUGACACUCACUAACAGUAACGGCUUCAACGCGCUGCAUCACGCCGCACUUCGUGGAAAUCCAAGCGCCAUGAAGAUAAUGCUGGCCAAACUGCCUCGUCCGUGGAUAGUGGACGACGCGAAGGACGACGGUUAUACGGCUCUCCACUUGGCGGCCCUGAACAAUCACGCGGAAAUAGCUGAACUGCUGGUCCGAGGCGGCGCGAGACCGGACCUGCAGAACGCGAACCUACAAACAGCCCUCCAUCUCGCAGUGGAGAGGCAGCACACGCAAAUUGUCCGUUUGCUCAUUGCGAAUGGUGCCAACCUCAACAUUUGUGACAAGGACGGUGAUACGCCUCUUCACGAGGCCUUAAGGCAUCACACCUUGCAGCAGUUGCGACGGUUGCAGGAUGUCACAGAUUUCCCAACACUGGGCGGAAUCGCUAACGCACACGACAAAAAGUCCUCCGCCUCCAUCGCAUGCUUCCUUGCUGCUCAUGGCGCUGAUUUGACUAUCAAGAAUAAAAAAGGUCAAACACCGUUAGAUCUGUGUCCGGAUCCGAAUCUGUGCAAGACACUGACGUCAUACCGCAAGGAAGCCGGCGCGACCAGCGACGGCACGCCCGAGAGCGAGACCGGCUCCUUGAGCGCACCCGUCGCGAGCACGUCCAUAGCGCCGCACACACCGCACACGCCGCACACGACUCACACGCCGCAAACGCCUCACACGCCGCAAACGCCGCUCACGCCGCAGACGCCGCUCACGCCUGCCGCUGACGCGCCCAAACAAGACGCCGCCAGCGACGAGUGCCUCGUGUGCUCGGACGCCAAACGGGACACGCUAUUCAGACCCUGCGGUCACAUUUGCUGCUGUAACGUCUGCGCCGCAAGGGUGAAGAAAUGCCUGGAGUGCCGCGCGAGCGUGUCGUCGCGGCACCGCGUGGGCGAGUGCGUGGUGUGCUCGGAGGCGCCCGCCACCGUGGUGUUCCAGCCGUGCGGCGACGUGUGCGCGUGCGCCGCCUGCGCGCCGCUCAUGCGCAAGUGCGUCAAGUGCCGCACGCCGCUGCAGCACCAGAACGCGCAUAAGAUCGACUUGGAGAAAGAGAGCGCGAGCAACCUGGCGCUGGUGCAGGUGAACAAAGGUCAGCCGGCUCCGGCGCAGGCAGCGCCGCACCACAUGAACAACGGCAGCCGGUCCGCGGCCCCCGCGCCUACGCCCACCCCCACGCCCACUGGCAGCUCGAGCGCGCCGCAAGCCGCCGGCCACGCCGCUCAGCCACCCGCUGGCCUCGCUGCCCCGCAAGCCGGCCAAGCUGCGCCGCCAGCCGGCCACGCUGCGUCACAAACCGCUUCGCCAGCUGCGCCCUCUACAGCGGAGGUGCAGAAACUGCAACAGCAGCUCCAGGACAUUAAAGAGCAGACAAUGUGUCCCAUAUGCCUCGACCGUCUCAAGAACAUGAUAUUCCUGUGCGGGCACGGCAUGUGCCAGAUGUGCGGCGACUGCAUCACCGUGUGUCCGAUUUGCCGAAAAUUGGUCGAAAAACGCAUUCUACUGUAUUAAAGACGAGACAAAAAGUGUGCAUGCAUGAGUAAAAGUUAUCUGGGUGUUAUAAAAUCGUCAAACAUUUAUCAGCUUUUAGCGAAUUAUAAGCUGUGUGAUAUAAAAUCAAUAUUCCAUUUCCAAAGCAGCGAAAUGUUAUGUGUGUAAUACGUAGGAUGAAAUUAGGGUUGCAAAUUACAAUAUUAAAUGUUGUGGUUAUUGAAUUAAAUUAUGAAAUAUGAAUUAUUUUAUAACAAAAUAACAUGGGUUUCCGUGACACUGUAUGGUGUAAAUUAAGAAUGAAUUUAAAGAAACAAAGAUAUUUGAAAAUAUUAUUUUUAUCAUCAUCAUCAUCAUCAGAAGCAGCAGCCUAUAUACGUUCCCACUUCCAGUCAUCGGUCCUCCUAUGAAGGUUUGAGCCUCCUUCCACCACGCUGGCUAAGUGCGGGUUGGCAUAUGUCAUAGGUCGUCGAUUUUUGAUUCUUCGACAUGCCGGUUUCAUCAAGAUGUUUUCCUUCACCGUUUCGAACAGUGGUGAGUGGUAUAUUGAAAAAUUAAUUGAUUUCGUUCACGCUCGACCGGCGACUUUUCGCUUAAAGUCCAAGGUCCUAACCACAAAGCCACCGCUGCUCUAUAUAAUGAAAUAAUUAUUUAUUAUUGUUUGUGUUUUGCCAAUUAAACAAAAAGCUAUAGUUUAAGGAGUAUUAUGAUCGUUGAGAAGAUUAAAACCCUUCUAUGAGUAAAUUUCAUAAAUAAUUUGAAUUUGUUAUGAAUGUAUAGUUAUAUAAUUGAUAGAGAUAUAAUUCUUUACAAGUUAUAUGUACACAACUAUCUUUAAUUCUUAUUUAUUGAUACAUCUAUUAGGUGAAUUAUUUCUUUUACGCACUACUAUGGUAAAUAACAAAUGAAAUGGCAUACAAACUACAAACAUUUUUCCCUUCAAAUAGUUGAUAAAACAGGCUUUUACCGCCACUUUAAAAAAAAUGUCGCAUGUUUAUUUACCUCACUGAAUAGUUGCAAUUUAAUAUUUAAAUAGUGUUCAAAAUGUAAGCUGGUUCAAUUCCGUUUAUUACCUACUAUACUGAAUUUAAAAUCGUAAUUAUGUUAUCUAAACUUUUCUUCGUGUUUGAUUAUUUAACACUGCUUUAAUUAAGAAUAUUUACUUUUAAAUUUGAAUGAAAUAAAUGUUGAGUAAUUAUUAUUGUUGCAAGUGUGUUUAUUAGAUGUUACGUUGAUACUCAUUUUAGAUAGUUAAUUGGCUUGCAAUAUAGGGUACAAUAUCAAAUAAUUAAUUCCAUGCAUUUUUAUUACUUUAUAAAUUAAUUAUAUUGUCAUACCGUUUGCCUUAAAUAUAGAUGUAAUAAGUAUUAAUGUAUCCGUAUUGAAGUUUUAUAUGAACGCGAACAAAAAGUACAACUAUACGUGUACCAAUGGAUAAUAAUGGAUACGUUUUCUUUGUUUAUAAACAGUCCGAAUCUAAAUAUAAUUGUAUACAUGCGAAACUACGAGACAGACAGUUGCAGCUUUAAGAUUUUAGUAAAUAUUUUAUCUAUGAAUGUGAUCUUUAAGUGAUGUCAGAAUUAAAAUUGAAAUUAUUGCUUUUGUUCUAAUCUUCAUGGCAAUUUAAUUUUGGUGCACUUGUGAAAUAUUUCAAUAAACAUUAAUUGAUCUAUUUAUAUUUAACGUUAUUUUAAUAUAAGGCACAAAUGUUAAAUACUAAUGAAGUAUAUUAUGGUUAAUGUUAUAUUAGUAAAUUCUAUGCGCCCGCAUUCGUAUUUAAUUGCUACAGAACUCAGUUGAGAUAUUAUUGUAUAUGGCAAUUUAAAAGAUUUCAUAUCUUCAACCGUUUAACCUACGGCAAUUUCAAGGAACUAAGAAAUUCGAGUAAAAUACGAAUCCGGGAGAAUAAAUAGCUAAGAAUAAGUAAUAAAAAGGGUUUCAAAAUUAGGCCUAGUAAAUUUUAUACUGCAUUUAUCUUAUACCUAGUUGAAGUGGGC